UACUUGUGGUCGUACACGCAUCCCUGUUUUAGGAAAACUUCGGACUUUUGAAAGUGGUUCCCUAAGACGGAUUCCUCUUAGAAACUUCUCAGAAACACCGGCGUAUUUUGCUUCAAAGGAUUGUGCGAGCAAGGAUGGUUCUGGAGAUGGAAGCAAGUCUGUCGGUGAGGGAGGUGGUAAAAAGUCAAGCUCUGGAAGCUCUGGGAAAGGAGGAAACCAGCUGCGCUGCCCAAAGUGUGGUGACUUGUGCACGCACGUGGAGACCUUUGUGUCUUCCACUCGUUUUGUGAAGUGUGAAAAGUGCCACCAUUUUUUUGUCGUGCUGUCAGAGGCAGAUACAAAAAAGAGCAUCAUUAAAGAGCCCGAGUCGGCAGCAGAAGCUGUGAAACUGGCAUUCCAGCAGAAGCCACCACCUCCACCGAAAAAGAUUUAUAACUACCUCGACAAAUACGUUGUUGGUCAGUGUUUUGCCAAGAAGGUGCUUUCAGUUGCUGUGUACAAUCAUUACAAGAGAAUCUACAAUAAUAUCCCAGCUAACCUGAGGCAGCAAGCAGAAGUUGAAAAGCAGACUUCUUUAACACCCAGAGAAUUAGAAAUCAGAAGACGGGAGGAUGAGUACAGAUUUACAAAGCUACUGCAGAUUGCUGGAAUCAGUCCACACGGUAAUGCUUUGGGAGCAUCAAUGCAGCAACAAAUGAACCAGCAGAUACCUCAGGAAAAACGGGGAGGAGAAGUGUUAGAUUCACCCAAUGACGACAUAAAACUUGAAAAAAGUAAUAUUUUGCUGCUUGGACCAACUGGAUCAGGUAAAACCUUGCUGGCUCAGACUCUAGCUAAAUGCCUAGAUGUACCUUUUGCCAUCUGUGACUGUACUACCUUGACUCAAGCUGGCUAUGUGGGUGAAGACAUUGAAUCUGUCAUUGCAAAACUCCUGCAAGAUGCCAACUACAACGUAGAAAAAGCUCAGCAAGGGAUUGUUUUUCUGGAUGAAGUAGAUAAGAUCGGCAGCGUUCCCGGUAUUCAUCAGUUACGGGAUGUCGGAGGAGAAGGUGUUCAGCAAGGCUUGUUAAAAUUACUGGAAGGCACAAUAGUAAACGUUCCAGAAAAGAAUUCUCGUAAACUACGUGGAGAAACGGUGCAGGUUGACACAACAAACAUCCUCUUUGUGGCCUCUGGGGCUUUUAAUGGUCUUGACAGAAUUAUCAGCAGGAGGAAAAAUGAGAAAUAUCUAGGGUUUGGGACUCCAUCCAAUCUGGGAAAAGGCAGAAGGGCUGCAGCAGCAGCUGACCUUGCGAAUAUAAGCGGCGAGUCGGAUCCACAUGAAGAUAUUGAAGAAAAGGAUCGCUUGCUGCGGCAUGUGGAAGCCAGAGAUCUCAUCGAGUUUGGCAUGAUUCCUGAGUUUGUGGGACGUUUGCCUGUCGUGGUUCCUCUGCACAGCCUCGAUGAGAAAACCCUUGUCCGGAUUCUUACUGAGCCACGGAAUGCUGUGGUUCCUCAAUACCAGGCGCUGUUCAGCAUGGAUAAGUGUGAAUUAAAUGUAACCGAAGAUGCAUUGAAGGCUAUAGCCAGACUGGCCCUGGACAGAAAAACUGGUGCAAGAGGCCUUCGCUCUAUAAUGGAAAAGCUGUUGCUGGAGCCCAUGUUUGAAGUGCCCAAUUCUGACAUUGUAUGCGUGGAAGUUGACAAAGAUGUUGUAGAAGGCAAAAAAGAGCCGGGAUACAUUAGGGCUCCCACUAAAGAUUCGUCUGAAGAAGAAUACGACUCUGGCGUGGAGGAGGAAGGCUGGCCUCGACAAGCAGACGCGGCAAACCAUUAAAUACUGUCGAACGCUCACCCGCAUAAAGCGCACGUGGUUCUUUCCUUACGAUUGCCUCUGGCUUCAGCGCGAUCCUAAAGGCGUCGGAUCUCUCUCGGCUAUGAUACGUGAUGAGGAACUUUUAUUAGCUAAAUCAGAUCGUGUAUUUUAUUGCAACAUCACAUUGAUUUAUUGGAUGGACAUUGUGUGGACUGGGACGGCAUAAUGUUCAGAGAUGAAUUGUACAUGACACUUGUUCAAUUAAAAUGUAUAGCAAAUACAGCAGCACCCGGAUUGCUCGUUGUAGGAACUAAACCAGCGAUGCAGGUGCUGCCAGUAGUUAGAUUUUACUAUAAUAUUACUCUACAAAUGGGAAAUCAAGAUUAACAAUUAGUAGAGGGGGAAUA